AUGGUUCGUGACAUUACGCGUCCUGAAGAUCACAUUGUUGAAUACCUUGAACGUCCACCAUAUAGUUCAAGAAAUUUAGAAUCAAGACAUCUGAACCAAGAUUCAUAUGAUCCCCGAGUUGAGAUCGAGUUACGAGAUAGUGGAUUCUAUCACAUAUCUCAAAUUGGGAGACUUGUUUUGCACAAUGCACUUAUAAAUGCCUUAAUCGAGCGAUGGCGUCCAGAGACUCAUACAUUUCAUCUUCCACACGGUGAAUGCACGAUAACCUUAGAGGAUGUUGCAAUGAUAUUUGGACUCCCGAUAGAUGGUAUGCCGGUGUCAGGAUUUACAGAUAGCAGCACUAAUGGCCUCGAAAAUGAAUUCAUGACACAAUUUGGUACUGUACCUACUGCCGCUGAUCAUAAAGGAAGCGGUGUCAAGCUUGCAUGGCUCCGCACCCUAAAGCGGCGCAUGCAGUUGGACACCGCACUUGGUAGACAAAUGUACGUCAAGAUACAUUUAUUAUUGUUGUUUGGCACAAAUUUAUUUUGCGACAAGUCAGGAAUGACAAUCCAUUGGAAGUUCUUGCCUUUACUCCAAAAUUUUUCUGACAUUAGAGGCUUUAGCUGGGGAUCCGCUUGCCUUGCACAUUUGUAUAGGGCAUUAUGUCGGGCAUCACGUUAUGAUUGCAAGGAGGUGGAUGGCCCAUUGGCACUGCUUUGUAUAUGGGCUUGGGAACGGUUACCGUUCCUAGCACCGGUGCGAUCGUUUCCUAGUUUUCCGCUUGCGUGCAGGUAA